GGAACACUGACACGCCACAUUCAGCAGUUGUCAAGUAACGACUGCCACUUCGUAGAAAAAAGUUGGGUUGGGAGGGUCCAAAAAAUUUAAUUGGUAGUUGCGUAGAAUACUCAUUAGCAGUACGCGUCACAGCUCGCACUUUCACCACGCGAGAGGACAUCAUCAACAACCGUCGCCUUCCAUCGCCCUAGCAGAGCGAACACUUUUAAAACGAUUGUUCUACGUGCGUACCUUGCAAAGAACUUCACUGCGCUUUGAAGUCACGACUAUCGAUGGCUAUCGCAGAGGACGCAGCGACUGUCCUGGAGCAGUUCAUUCAUGACGUUGCCAAUCUACCGGCAGAGAUAACGCAUCUCUACGAGGAGGUGCAGGCCAAAGAUGCGCAAAUCCACGAACUGCGUGCAGCGAUUCAGCAGCGCGACAACAGUCUUCAGAAAUUCAUCAAAUUGAACGGCAGUCUCGUUGUAAAUCCUAAAGAGGAGCCGUAUAAUAAGGUUGUCAUUCAAAACUACGAACGAGCACAGAUUCUGCAAGAAGAGAAGAUUGGACUCGUGGAGAAAGCAGCCGCACUUCUCGAUCGAUAUGUAAAGCGACUAGACAUCAAAUUGCGAGAUCUUCAAAGCGAUGGAUCCAUACCUGCAGAUCCACAGAUACCUUCUCUACUCAGGGACUCACCUGGAAAUCUAGUACCCCCUCUAUCAUCGUCAAAUACUGGAGCUAGCACCCCGUUACAUCCAGUGUCUGGCAACCAGGGUGGAGGUGCCCCCAAUCUUGCGCAGGCCGCCGCAAUUGCACGCAUCACGAAUGCUACCAAUGUUAAUUCGAGAACAGCGCCGGCGCAGAACAUGCAGACACAAGCCUUAUUGAACCAGCAAAGAUUGACCAAUGCACAAAGCGCGAUCCAGGCUAGUGCACGAUCUGAGCGAGAGCUGUCGGCUGGGAGUGAUAGCAAGCGACGCCGCCCGACUGGCAACAUUGGGCCUCUUCCAGCAGCAGCGUCAUCUCUAGGUCGACAAGGCUCAGUUGGACCGGGCACUCCAAAGCCAUCGACGCCGGGUUCACGUGCUGGCAGCGUGGGACCAAGACACGCGCUCACGGUCAAGAAGGCCAAGCCUCAGCAGCCGUUGCGCAAAGCAGCUCUGACCGCCAAAUCCGGGGUAAGCAAGAAGCGGCGCAAAGGUGGAUCGAGAGCGUCGCCCUCGACAACAGCCGAGGACGAGAGUGUAGCAAGUGAUGCCGGCACAGAGGACGAAGAGAUGUCUGGUGUGGCAGGGGAGGGAGACGAGGAGGAGUCUGACGAUACCAAGUACUGCUUCUGCCAGCGCGUUAGUUUUGGCGACAUGGUGGCUUGCGACAACGACAACUGCCAGUACCAGUGGUUCCACUGGGAGUGUGUGGGGAUCAAGGAGGAGCCGGUGGGCGAUUGGCUGUGUCCGGAAUGCAAGAAGCAGCCGGCGCAGAAGAUCAAGCGCGUGCGGUGAAGCUGCGGUGAGCGGCCGCGGCGCUGGGGACGGCAAGCGUUACUGUGUUCUAUACCCUGAUGAAAUUGAGUGUCUUCGCAUGCCUGGGCCGCGAAAUGAUGUCGUCUCCACUAUGAGCUGCAAGGAUCGCCGCCUGCGCCUGUUGCGGACACGGCAGCAGUCUCGAUCGCGAGCUCGUCCCUUGACAAGGGUGCGCUCCCGCAGCUCGUAAGGGACGCCGUUGCCCGUCUGGCCGCAGCCAGCAGGAGGCACUCACAGCACUCUGGC